AUGUCAAAUCUCUCAAAACUCCAUUUUGAGGCCCUAAAAAUUUCUGGACACAACUAUUUGACUUGGGCCGUAGAUGCUGAAAUGUACUUAGCUGCUGAAGGAAAUGCAGAUGCCAUAAAAGAAGGAAAUAAGGCAUCCGAACAACAAAAAGCAAAAGCAUUGAUAUUCCUUCGUCACCAUAUUAAUGAAGCACUUAAGAAUGAAUACCUCACUGUGAAAGAUCCACUUGUGCUCUGGAAUAAACUAAAAGAUAGAUACGAGCACUUGAAAGCCAUUAUCCUCCCAAAAGCUAGGUAUGAUUGGAUGCAUUUGCGCUUACAGGACUAUAAAUCUGUAACUGCCUAUAAUUCUGAAGUAUACAAAAUUACUUCUCAAUUAGAAUUGUGUGGUGAAAAGGUAACAGAUGCGGAUCUAUUAGAAAAAACAUUUUCAACCUUUCAUGCAUCCAACAUGCUCCUGCAGCAGCAAUACCGUGAAAAGGGGUUUCAAAAAUACUCUGAUUUAAUUUCUUGUCUUUUGGUUGCUGAACAAAACAAUGAGCUUCUAAUGAAAAAUCAUGAAGCUCGCCCUGCUGGUGUAGCUCCAUUCCCUGAAGCGAAUGCAUCACAACACAACCAUUUUGGAGAAGCUCGUGGUCGCGGUCGUGGUCGUGGUCAUUGGUCUCGUACAUGUCGUACUCCAAAGCAUUUGGUUGACCUUUAUCAACAAUCACUGAAAAACAAAGGAAAAAAGGUUGAAACUCAUUAUGCUUAUAAUGAUGGUGAUGAUGCUGAUUAUGAUAUUUAUGGUGACCUGGAUACUACUCCUUUGGAUAUUGGUGAUUUCUUUGAAGAUCCAAAUGGAAAAAUUGAUCACCUUAUUGGAGAUGGAACCGUGAAGAAGUAG